ACACCGAGCCGUCAUAUUGCGACAAAGAGAUAUAAUAAAUAUACACACCACAGCGUUUCACCUGCAAGGCGAAGGACACACACAGGUUUUCUCCUCUCGGUUGUGGCCGCGCUCGCUCGUUUCCUUGGAUACUACGUGAAGCGCUCGUGCCUUAUUUGCCUUUUUUCCUUCGCUUCAAACGACCUGCCGUGAAGAUUGAGGUGCUCCGGGAGGAGGAAAGGACACACCCGAGUACUCCAUCUGCUUUCCACCUUUUCUUCUUCCACGCCAGUGAAAGACACGUCCAGUAUUACCGGCAUUUAGAAAGAAAAGAUUUGGCAUCUCCAAAACACAGGCGCAGGAUCUCCUGGACUCUACCUGGUUUAUUCUUAUAAAGAGCUCAUACCAGAGGACCAGGAUCACCAUUUGAGGAAUUCAUGGAAAAAGAUGAAUAGGCAGAGCUCAGCCAUAACCAGACUGUGUUUACUUUUGGGUGAAGUGAAUCCUCUGGGAACACACUGUGGCAUUAAAACCCUUGUCAGACUUCACCCUUCAUUUUUCUCACACUGUGUUGUCUGGCUCAGGUAAAAAGUGCAGUCUUCACCUUCCUGCAUAAUGACAGUGGCAACAGGAGAUCCCUCAGAUGAGUCAGCAGCACACCCAGGCCACCCUCAGGACUAUGACGCUGAGGGAGAACAGGAAUGCUGUGAAAGGGUUGUCAUCAACAUUUCUGGCCUGCGCUUUGAGACACAGCUCAAGACCCUCUCGCAAUUUCCUGAGACCCUGCUUGGUGAUCCAAAAAAGCGGAUGAGAUACUUUGACCCUUUAAGGAAUGAGUAUUUCUUUGAUAGAAACCGACCGAGUUUUGAUGCCAUCCUGUACUACUACCAGUCUGGAGGAAGGUUACGGCGCCCUGUAAAUGUGACUCUGGAUAUAUUUUCAGAAGAAAUUCGGUUUUAUGAGCUUGGAGAGGAGGCUAUUGAAAUGUUCAGGGAGGAUGAAGGGUUCAUAAAGGAAGAGGAGAGGCCUUUGCCUGAUAAUGAAUUCCAGAAGCAGGUCUGGUUGCUCUUUGAGUUUCCAGAAAGUUCAGGACCUGCAAGGAUUAUAGCCAUUAUAUCUGUCAUGGUAAUUCUUAUUUCUAUAGUCAGCUUUUGUUUGGAGACUCUGCCUAUAUUCCGUAGUGAUGAAGAAGAUAUGCAUAAAGUCCGCACAUAUAAUAGUAACUCCACCACCAAUUAUGUGUCCACCUCCUUCACUAACCCUUUCUUCAUCUUGGAGACCCUCUGCAUAAUCUGGUUCUCCUUUGAGUUCCUGGUUCGGUUCUUCGCCUGCCCCAGUAAAGCCAGCUUCUUUGUGAACAUAAUGAAUAUGAUUGAUGUGGUAGCCAUUAUCCCCUACUUCAUUACACUUGGAACAGAACUGGCAGAAAAAGCAGAGGAUGGCCAACAAGGGCAGCAGGCCAUGUCUUUAGCUAUCUUGCGAGUCAUCCGGCUAGUAAGGGUCUUCAGAAUCUUUAAGCUCUCACGUCACUCCAAGGGACUCCAAAUUCUUGGGCAAACCCUGAAAGCCAGCAUGAGAGAACUUGGGUUGCUUAUCUUCUUCCUCUUCAUUGGCGUCAUACUCUUUUCCAGUGCUGUCUACUUUGCUGAAGCAGAUGAACCUGAAUCCCAGUUCUACAGUAUCCCAGAUGCCUUCUGGUGGGCUGUGGUUUCUAUGACAACUGUUGGCUAUGGAGAUAUGGUACCCACAACUAUUGGUGGCAAGAUUGUUGGUUCACUUUGUGCCAUCGCUGGAGUGCUGACUAUUGCUUUGCCAGUGCCUGUUAUUGUCUCAAAUUUCAACUACUUCUACCACCGUGAAACAGAGGGUGAGGAGCAAGCUCAAUAUCUGCAGGUUAACACACCAAAAGCUGAUUCCCAAGAAGAAUUGAAAAGAAGUCAAAGUGUUUCUACCAUGAGCAAAUCUGACUAUAUGGAGAUUCAAGAAGGAAUGAACAACAGCAAUGAGGAUUUCCAGGAGGAAGAUCUUAAAAAAGAAAACUGCACUUUGGCCAACACAAACUAUGUGAAUAUCAAAAAAAUGCUGACUGAUGUAUAA